CAGUCAGCACACGCCUUCCAAGCACAAUAUUUACAUUCAAAGACGACUUCCUGCGCCCUUGUAUAGCAGCAGCGGGACAGCAGGAGCGAAACCACAGGCUGUCUCGCCCUCCUGGGUUUGCAUGUUGGACAGGUGGAACUUGGCUCACUGUGCCAAGUAACACUGAGCGUCUGGCCACUCCUUGCUCCAGGCAGCAUACCAGAGUGCAAAAGAACAGUUUCCCUAGAAAGACCUGCGCUUUGUGUGAGAGUCACAACUGCUGCUUGGGUGGCAAUGACAUGGCUUCGAUUGGACAGAUCAUCUUCUGGAGCAUGAUUGUUCUGAUAGUCGUCAUUGCUGGACUUAUCAUCUUCAUCCUAGCCUUAGCAUUUUCACGCGCACAGCCUUCAACUGUGGGAAGUCCAAACCCAUAUCCAGUAGGCAACAUUAACGAUGCAGUAGUGCUGGGCUGCAAAUUCAACCCAUUGAAUACAAACGGCAAAGGAGUCACACAAAUUGCGAUAACCUGGGAAAAGGAGGGCCUGACUGGUGUUGUCUACAAGUACGCCAACGCAGUCGGACAGCAGCAGACCCAGAACCCGGAUUUCAUAAACAGAGCCCAGCUGUUCCCAGAUGUCAUCUCCAAUGGCAACGCAUCACUGCUCCUGAGGAGUGUCCAGGUCAAGGACGAGGGACUGUACAAGUGUUCAGUCAGUGCAUCCAAUGGUCAGGGUGAAGUCAAUAUACAUCUCCGGGUGGCUGCUUAUUCUUCUCCAACAUUCACUACCCCAAAUAAGACACUGAAGGCUGUGGCACAGAGGUGGUAUCCCAGGCCGAGCGUUACCUGGACAAACUCUGAAGGAACCGAUCUGAACGCGAGCACUAGUUUCAUCAGCAACCCUGCCGGAAUAGUUGAAGUGACGUCAGCGCUGACGAACUUUAAUGUUUCUGACGUCCUCACCUGCACCAUAGGGAACAGUCUAGUGAAAUCCGUGUCUCAAGCAACGGUGACAGACAGUGGUGUAAGAGACAGUACUUACUUCGUGUUCAGCAGUGCGGACCAACGCCCAUUGGACCCUAAGUCUGCUGUAAGCUAUGUUCUGCUUUGGAUGUACUGGACUGUCUGUUGACUUGAAUGUUGACCGACGCGAGUUCAAGAAGCUUCAUCAACGCAUAUGAACUGAUGCUGUGCGGGACGGGUUGAGGAUUAUUGUAUUGUAUCAGGAUUAAAAAAAAAAGAAUGAUUCUCUUUCUCCCCGAAA